CAGCUGUCCGGGAGCCAGUGGUACAGCAACCACGGUGAUUCAGUCCAGCAGUUAAUUAGUAACCGGAAGGUCUCGAAGCUGGCUGUCAGCUGGCAGGGCUGGGAGGCUGGACCUGUGCUGGUUUGAGAGUCAGGCGAGUGGGUGACAGGUCACUCCUGCUUAGGAAGGUUGUAGGGUGAGUCAGGAUUGGGUUUCAGGUCAGAAGGACGGUGCAAAGGGAGAGAACCUUUAUUCUCCAGGACCUGCGCUGGAACCUGGGGGUUUCCAGGGAGAAAUGGUGACCCCGUGGGAACAGAGGUCUCCCAUCCCAUCCUAAGCUGCUGGAUCCUGCGUGACAUCACCAGUCCCCUCGCUGCUGCCACUGUUGGAAGCUCUGAGCUCUGUGCUGGGGGCACCAGGCACUGACACUUGGCUCUUGUUGAGAGAACAGUGAGAGUCUCUCUUGUCCACGGCCUGUGCUCCGCUCCAACUGCUGCAUCUCCCAGAGGCUCUGCUCUGCCCAGGCUGCAUAGAGCCUAUCAGAUCAUAGCUACAGAAUGGCCUCCAGCCCAGUUGGAGUUCCUAGCCCCCAGCCCUCUAGGGCCAAUGGGAACAUCAACCUGGGGCCAUCAGCCAACCCAAAUGCCCGACCCACAGACUUUGAUUUCCUCAAAGUCAUUGGCAAAGGGAACUAUGGGAAGGUCCUACUGGCCAAGCGCAAGUCAGACGGAGCCUUCUAUGCCGUGAAGGUGCUGCAGAAGAAGUCCAUCUUAAAAAACAAAGAGCAGAGCCACAUCAUGGCAGAACGCAACGUGCUACUGAAGAACGUGCGGCACCCCUUCCUUGUGGGCCUGCGCUACUCCUUCCAGACCCCAGAGAAGCUCUACUUUGUGCUUGACUAUGUCAACGGGGGAGAGCUUUUCUUCCAUCUCCAGCGGGAACACAGGUUCCUGGAGCCCCGGGCCCGGUUCUACACGGCAGAGGUGGCAAGCGCCAUCGGUUAUCUUCACUCUCUCAACAUCAUCUACAGAGACCUGAAGCCAGAAAACAUUCUCUUGGACUGCCAGGGUCACGUGGUACUGACAGAUUUCGGCCUUUGCAAGGAAUGUGUAGAGCCCGAGGAGACCACAUCCACCUUCUGCGGCACCCCUGAGUACUUGGCUCCAGAAGUCCUUCGUAAAGAGCCUUACGAUCGAGCAGUCGACUGGUGGUGCUUAGGGGCCGUUCUCUACGAGAUGCUGCACGGCCUGCCCCCCUUCUUCAACACAGAUGUGGCCCAGAUGUAUGAGAACAUUUUGCAUCAGCCGCUACAGAUCCCUGGAGGCCGGACAGUGGCUGCCUGUGACCUCCUGCAGGGUCUUCUCCACAAGGACCAGAGGCAGCGGCUGGGCUCCAAGGAAGACUUUCUCGACAUAAAGAACCACAUGUUCUUCAGUCCCAUAAAUUGGGAUGAUCUGUACCACAAGAGGCUGACUCCACCCUUCAACCCAAACGUGGAGGGACCCGCUGACUUGAAACACUUUGACCCAGAGUUCACCCAGGAGGCUGUGUCCAAGUCCAUUGGCUGCACCCCUGACACCAUGUCCAGCAGUUCUGGGGCCUCAAGUGCAUUCCUCGGAUUCUCCUAUGCACAGGAUGAUGAUGACAUCUUGGACUCUUGAGAGCCAAGUGCUUGGAAAGCCACCAAGCCCAGCUGGGACCUGCAGGAACUACCUUCUGCUGCACUAAGACACGACGAGUCCCGAAGAAGUCAGAUGCAGUAGCUCAGGGAAGAGGGGAGCAUUUUCCAUCCCAUAAAAGAACGGUGAAGGGUUCAGGCUGGCUGACUAGGCUCCCGAGUACCCAGCCGUCUGCGGUUGAGACUUGCCCUUCUUGAGAAAUGACUUCUGUGCUUGGUUUUUCAUUUUUGGUUUUGUUUGUUGUUGCUGAGGCUGUGACAAAGUAUGCAAGAAAAGUAAUGUAAAGAAUAUCUAUUUGGGCUCACAGUUUCAGAAGGUUCAGCCCAUAGUUGGCUGAUCCAUUGCUGUGGUCUUUAGCCGAAGUUGAGUCAUCUUGCUGGAAGGAGUGACUUACCCUAUGCCUAGCAGGAAACAGAAACUGAGUCUGGGUUGGGAAUAAGAUACCUUCUGAUAAGAUAUUUCUGAGUGACCCACUCCCUUCCAGUGGGGCCAAUGUCCUAGUUAUCACCUCUCCGUGCUAUAAAAUUACAAAUCUGUGAAUGGACUAACUUGCUGAGGAAGCCUGAGCCCCUCCCUCAUUGCAUAGUGAUCCAAUCAGUUACGAAAGGCCUUAUCAGCUGAACACCACAACCUUCAGAAAACACUUCAGAUCAGAAGCACGAUGGCUUUGAAUAUUGGGUUACGAGACCACAAAGUGGCCUGCUGGUCACUUUUGUGUUCUAAGCAAGAGAAAAGGAGGAACGGGACAGAAGUGGGUUGCCCGGAAGCCCGGUCUGGUGGCUUCCUUUAGUGUGUCAUAAAUUCUCCAGCUCUACUGGAAUAGAGCCUGGGCACAAGCUACCUCUCUUAGUAAGAGGGUUCGAAUGCUGAGGGAGAGGGGAGAAUGUGGCGGAGGCGACCGGCACUCUGGGAGAGGACCUCUUGGUAGCUGGAUUUUUAUUUCUGUGUAUAAAUUGAUGAAAUGUAGUGAGCCUGUCAUGUGUUGCCUUCGGUUUCACAUUGCUCUGUGGGUGGUGUCUUUGUUUGAGGUGGCAUUAAACACACUGGAUA